AUGUCCACUUCUGGGAAAAAGCCAUAUCAGUGCAAAACUUGUGACCAGUGUUUUGUAAAAAAAGGAAAUCUACAAAGACAUGAGAGAUCUCACGCUAGAGGAAAGCCAUACCAGUGCAAAAGCUGUGACAAGUGCUUUCAUAGACAAAGAGAUCUAGAGGUUCAUGAGAGAUCCCACACUGGAGAGAAGCCAUACCAGUGCAAAACUUGUGACAAAGGGUUUGCACAAAAGGGUGAUCUACAUAGACAUGAAAGAUCCCACACUGGAGAGAGGCCAUACCAGUGCAAAACUUGUGACAAAGGGUUUGCACAAAAGCGUGAUCUACAUAGACAUGAAAGAUCCCACACUGGAGAGAGGCCAUACCAGUGCAAAACUUGUGACAAAGGGUUUGCACAAAAGCGUGAUCUAACAGUACAUGAAAGAUCCCACACUGGAGAGAGGCUAUACCAGUGCAAAACUUGUGACAAAGGGUUUGCACGAAAGGGUCAUCUAACAGCACAUGAAAGAUCCCACACUGGAGAGAAGCCAUACCAGUGCAAAACUUGUGACAAAGGGUUUGCACAAAAGGGUGAUCUACAUAGACAUGAAAGAUUUCACACUGGAGAGAGGCCAUACCAGUGCAAAACUUGUGACAAAGGGUUUGCACAAAAGCGUGAUCUAACAGUACAUGAAAGAUCCCACACUGGAGAGAAGCCAUACCAGUGUAAAAGCUGUGACAAGUGGUUUAGUGAUAAGAGAAAUCUACGUAGACAUGAAAGAUCCCACACUGGAGAGAAGCCAUACCAGUGUAAGACAUGUGAUAAGUGGUUUACACAAAAAGAAACUCUAAAAGCACAUAUGAGAUCUCAUACUGGAGAGAAGCCAUACCAGUGUAAAAGCUGUGACAAGUGGUUUAGUCAUAGAGGAAAUCUAAAUAAACAUGAAAGAUCUCACACUGGAGAGAAGCCAUACCAGUGUAAGACAUGUGAUAAGUGGUUUAUGCAAAAAGAAACUCUAAAAGCACAUAUGAGAUCCCACACUGGAGAGAAGCCAUACCAGUGCAAAACGUGUGAAAAGUGGUUUGCACAAAAUAGUCAUCUAACAGUACACAAAAGAUCCCACACUGGAGAGAGGCCAUACCAGUGCAAAACUUGUGACAAAGGGUUUGCACAAAAGGGUGCUCUACAUAGACAUGAAAGAUCCCACACUGGAGAGAGGCUAUACCAGUGCAAAACUUGUGACAAAGGGUUUGCACGAAAGGGUCAUCUAACAGCACAUGAAAGAUCCCACACUGGAGAGAAGCCAUACCAGUGUAAAAGCUGUGAUAAGUGGUUUAGUCAUAAAGGAAAUCUACAUAGACAUGAAAGAUCCCACACUGGAGAGAGGCCAUACCAGUGCAAAGCUUGUGACAAGUGGUUUACUCAGAAGAGAACACUUCAAAGGCAUGAAAAAUUGCACUCUGGACAGCAACAGCCAGAUUCCUCAGAUUGCAAUGAAGCAUUUACUUGCUGGAUUUGUCAGGAAAAACUGAGCAGUGAAUCCCAGCUUAUUAACCACUAUGAAGAACACAUGAAGUUCACUUGAUUUUAUUGUUGAUAAGUCUAUCUGAUGUAAGAUUAAGAUUUAAAGAACGUUUGAGUUUUGCAGUAAAAUGAAUAAUUUUGAUUUCUCAGAUUGAUUAUCUUAUAAAGUGGGAUGGGUGUAGUGUUUAGGCAUUUUGUUACUGUUAUAUGGAUUUAUCGGUGCAAAAAGAAUUAUGGUACUGUAACAUGAUGCUGGUCUAGAUUAAAGAAACCUGUUGAGUUUAUCUGCACCUAUCAGGAUAUUAACAGGCCAUUAUUACAACAGGUACAGCUAUUACACCUGCAGCAGGCCAAAUGCUAUAUGCUAUGCCACUUUACAAUCUGCAUCUAAUGACAAUGUCAUUUCUUUUUAAAUAGAGGUUGACUGGUUUUCUUUGUCAGUAAUGCUCUUCAGUAAGCUUACAAGCUAAUGUUUUGUUUUCUUAGCAAUGUCUUUGCUUCCUCUUUCCUUUAAUUCUUCUUUAAGCUGAGGAACUGUCAUUUUUGUAAAGUCAACUGAGCUCAAAGGCACAGCAGGGUGAGUUUGAGAUGCAACAGUACUUUAACCACUUUGCAGAUUAGAUAGAGGUGUAGCAAUUUCAGACGGUACAGUUUUUUAUUUUUUCGGAAUAUGUCCUCUUCCCAGUACUCUAGUUUGUUUUUGAUAGGAUCUGGGCUCCCAUUCCCUUUUUCUUAAGUGCCAUUAGCAUGACUCUUGAUGAAGAACAUCUCUAAUAGAGUCCCACUUGUUUCCAGAAAACAGUGGACCCAUCAAUGUUCCUUUCAACUCCUUGCCCUGUAAAUGUUGUUACUACUUGGUACAUUUGAAAAAACCAUGGGAUUUAUGGGAAACCAUAAUAUGAAGGUAUUGGGUAACUCUCUUUCACUUUUAACCUUCCCUUAAUCCUUUGAGAGAAAUGAAAUCACUCACCUAUUGUUUUGCUUUCAACCAAAACUCUGUGGGGCUAGUAUUCGGUUGCCAAUUACUGAGAUUUUUUACAGGGCUGCAAAGUACACCUAUAUUUUUAUGAUCUUUUCAGCAGUUUCAGGCCUCAAGAAAUCAUUCAUUUUCUCUGGAAGGUGAUACAGCAUUAUUUUCUUAUCAUUUCUUAUUAGACUUAUCCAUUCGUGAACAGAACUUUCUUUGCCAUCCGCAUUUUUCUUUCCCAGACAUCAAAAGACACUCCACAAGACCUGCUGCUGUGAAUGAACUUAUGUAGGUGUGCCUGUUUGUUGAUCAGGUUUUCAAUACUCUCCUCAAUAUCCCAAUCAUUAACUUCUGUUAUUAAAUUGGCAGUUAACACAUAUCAGUUAUUCUUAAAAGGAGGUGAAGUUCAUCAACAAUUAUAUGAUCCAAUUCAAUGUCCAGAAGGGGUUCCUUACAGCAGCCAUAAUCAUCUGUUGAUUUUUUGGACAUUUCUUUCAAUUCUUUUAAAGACCUUGAAAGUGGCUUUGAAUUGAAAUAACUAAAAUGCUGAUCUGUUUUCCAUCUAUCAUCCUUUUGGAUUUUACACCAUGCACAUGCAUAGUUAGCUGUUGCUCCAUUUAAACCUAGCAUGCGGAGAAUGAAUUUAUAAUUACCGCAAUGCAUGGUCCCUAAUUGUUCCGUUCAACAGAGCAUCGUAAUCUUACACAAGCUGUAGGCCAGGGAAAACUUGUGAGGUUUUCUCAGAGGGUCCUCAGUGAUAAUUCUAUGCCAUUUCUUUUACAAUGGAUAGGUUAUUUCCAGGGCGAAAAUUGGUUUCGUCUCCAAAAAUUUAGCUGCAUAUCAUUAUUAAAUCUGUGUAUCAAACAAAUUUUAAACUUGUUUAAGCUUUGGUGUGAACGGGGUAUAAGCUCCGGUUUACUGAACUCAACUACUUUUGCAUAUUCAUGCUGACAGUUCUUUCUGUCAUCCGACAUUUUUUUAAAAAACCCGGGAAAAUGUAUUGUAUUCCAACUCGGAAAACAGGAGGAGAGGCUACCUAGCUAGAAGAGAAAUUUUCAAAAUGGUGGACGAAGUAAGGCUAGUGUCAGCAUGAUUGCACGAAGGUUGUUUGAGCGAGCGCAGAGCGCAUGAAAGUGACACCUGGAUGAACUCGUCUAGUUUGAGAAGAAAAUAUUAACCCUUUUUCCAGUGACGCUAGGAACCGUUAAUUCUAGUUUUAAUGGGCCGUUUUCAGUAUAGAAAUCGACUAUGGCUUUCGAACAAGAGAUUCAGAUUUAAGGACAUCAAACAUGAGCACAGAGAACUUAUGUGGAACGUUUUAAGGUAGCACGUUUAGAAAAAUUUAAGGAGAAUCAGAGGAGAAGGAUGGGGAUUUUUCAGGAACAGGAGGAAAUUUCAAAAGCGUUGGGAACUGUCGAUUCAUCAACUCUUUGUAAACAAUAUUGCUCAAAGGCAAGAGGAAAUCUUCUUCUUUUAAAUUGGAUUUGGCGACCUGAGAAAAGUUUUGUUCAUAAGCUAUGAAAGGAAGGUUUUGACCACGGUAAGUCCAGUUUUCACUGUUUUUUCUGUAAUUUCAAACGCACCGAAAUAAAAUCUAAGUCCACAAAGUGACGCGAUUCGCAUGCGCGGCGGCCAUGAUGUAAUAAAUUGUUCGCUAUGAACUGUCUGGAAAUACCUUUGCUAAUGGCAGUUGUUAUGAUAAAACAUCCAUUCAUGUAGGAGUAUUACUGUUUGAAAUAAAUUUUACACCGAAUUCUGCCCAUUUUCUCUGCCUGUUCAAACCUAAUCUAUUGGUACUGAAUUUCAAAGGUAACACCUUGUUAGAUAUGUCCUCCCUUCGGUUGAAUAAAUAGAGAGUAAUACAUGGGCGCGCGUAGAUAUGGAAUUUCUCUUCGAGUGUUUCACUCGAUAGCUCACGAGUGAGAUGUCGAUUUGAACACGAGAAGAGAAAUUCCAUAUCUACAAGCAACCAUGUAUUAUUUUGUUUAUCAUAUAAACACAAAAGCCCUUUUACUGGGAAGCAGGCCGACUAUUUUCAAUGAAAAUAAAUGAAUCGAAAAUCCCCGAAUAACAAUCAUAGAGUGCGUUGGCUCUAACUCUUAAGAAAGAAAAAUGCGCUGAACCAUGAUUGCAAAAACAACUUUCAGGUAAACGGCCAAAAUCGGCCGAUGGCAAAUCUUCCAGUUGUCGAUUUUCAUUCUCAGCCGAGAAAUGCUAACAUCAAAGCCACUAAAUACGUAACUUUCGGUUUUUUCUUUUAGUAUAUUGGUUUUCUUCCCCUUCUUCUAUCAGCGAUACGGACUUUUUAGUGUUUUAGCCGCCAUAAUUCGAGAAAGUUCCGACAAAUAACUUGUAUUUAGAGUUGCGAAGGCUCUACCGUUCAUUCAUCAACCUGACCGAGUGGCACCAAAGGCGAGUGACGUGUCAGCAGCUGAUUGACUAUAUCAAUACACGUCAAAAAAUACGAUAUUUUUUCACGUGUGCUGUUACGGCUUUUCUCAGGGCCGGAAAUCCCUGUAUAACACCGCAGUUUACGUGAUUAAAAGAGUUUCUUUUCUUCUAGCAUUGUAAGUACCUUUUGCUGUCAAAGAGUUUUUCCCAGUUGAUGCUUACAUGGCAAAACAAAAAUGUCAAGUACUGACAAGGUACAAAAGAAAUGGAAAAUCACUAAAUUCUGUACAGAAUCUACAAAACGCGUGGGGAACUGUUGUGUGGAAAAGGCAUUUAAAUGCAAAACUUGUGACAAGUCUUUUGCACAAAAGCUAAGGGGCAUCUACAAGUACAUGAAAGAUGCUACACUGGAGAGAAGCUAUACCAGUGCAAAACUUGUGAUACGUAUCUUACACUAAAGGGAGAUCUGCUAGUACAUGAGAGAUCUCGCUCUGGAAAGAGCCCAUACCAGUGCAAAAGUUGUGACAAGUGGUUUAAAGGCAAAUCUACAGGCAUAUGAAAGAUUUCACAUCGGAGAGAAGAAAUACAAGUGCAAAAGUUGUGACAAGUGGUUUUCUCUAAAAGGGACUCUACAAAAACAUGAAAGAUACCUCGCUAGAGAGAGGCCGUAUCACUGCAAACAUGUGAUAAGUGGUUUCCUUGAAAAAAGAGAUAUACAAGUACAUGUGAGAUUCCACACAGGAGAGAAGCCAUACCAGUGCAAAAUUUGUGAAAAUUGCUUUUACUCAGAAAAGAGGUAUUCAAACCCAUGAAAGAUCUCAUACGGCAGAGAAGCCAUACUAGUGCAAAACAUGUGACAAGUGGUUUACACAAAAGGGAAAUUUACAAAGACCUGAAAGAUCCCACACUGGAGAGGAGCCAUGCCAUUGCAAAUCUAACGAUAAGUGUUAUACCCAAUGAGUCAAUGAAAGAUCAACAUCUUAGGUUCACAAGACUCUCAUAGAGAUUUAUCUGAGAUAUAAAAUCCUGGUAAUACUUCUCCUAAUCUGUCCUGACUAUUUUUAUAAACAGUAGCUGUACAUUUAAUAUCCUAAAUUAGGUAAAUGUAACGGUUUUUCUUGUUAUUAUUCAAUACUGUCUCUUUCCCUCGGCUAUUAAGGCAUGGCCCGCCUAGAUUAGCCUUUACUAGUUGCGGGCAUGCCCUUUUCUGUAAAAUUUCAUUGGAAAUUGAUAAAGAGUGGGGGUGUGUAUGUGUGUGAAUUAGUUCUUGAGUCUCUUUUACUGUAUAUACCUUAUGCUGUUUUACCUUUAUUUAAGGAAACAUCACAAAGUCAACCUCCGGUUUUUCUUUUCAAGAUGUUUUAUUACUUUUGUUUUUUCAUCGUGAAUAAAUGUUAUGUUAUCCUGGUUCAACUGCUCAACCUCGUUUCCAGUAUCCUCUCUUCCCUGAAUGAACAAUACAGAGGAAUCUGGGAAUGAGGCUGCAUUAACAAGAUGGCGUCGGUUGUGUAAGUUACAAGCGACUAAAUACAGGAAUGGCUCCGACCUGUGAUUGGAUGAUAAGAAUAGUAAAAGUUAAUAACUUAUAUCUUAACUCCUUGCACGUGAGUAUGGUUAACCGCGUGUCUCGAAGCGGAACAAUGAAAUACCAAUGUGAAAAAACCGAUGACUCAAACAAGAAAUGGCUACCCACAUAAUGAAGAGAAGGUAGAGUCUAGCUUGUUCAGCGAGGUAGUUCAGCGAUAUUCCGGCGAUGAAAAAGUCAUCAGCUGACUAGCUCCGCUGACUAAAUUCAUUUAGUCAGUCCACGCGCACGACCAGAGACUGGAGCCAUUCCUGUAUUUCACCGCAGACAGGAAUAGCUCCGACUCAAACGUUUAAUAAUUUUUUUUCAAUAAUUUUUAAGUAAUUUUUAAACAGUUUUUGAAAAUAAAAUUUAAAACUAAACUAGUGAGCAGCGCUGUGCGAACAGUAGUUUUAAAACAGAUGAAGAGCCCGAUGAAUGGAUUUGUCCUUCAUGUGAACAAUAACCUAGAAAAUCAGUUUUCCACGAAAAAAAAACUCCCUCGAUUGUGGCCAAGCCAUAUUUCUCCAGCAGAGCAUACUGUAAAUUAAAAACAUCUGUUGCAGCGUCACGCAACAUUGCGUGAUUUUCCAAACGUGAGAUGCAGUUGCUGCAUUAUUUUAAAACUUAAGAACUACAUAGCCCUGUAGUAAGAAAAGAGGGCUUCACUUGCAGGUACUGUAGACUUCAACUUUAGAAGAACCUAAUAAAUCGCCCUUUCAGUUUUUAUCUCAGUGUAUGAAUUAUUUAGCCGAAACGAAAAAAAAAUUAACAUACGCAUGAGUUGGAGCCAUUCCUGUCUGCGGUGAAAUACACGCAUGGCUCCAGUCUCUGGUUGUCCGCCUAAACUGACUAAAUGAGUUUUGUCAGCUGAGCUUGUCAGCGGAUGACUUUUUCAUCGCCGGAAUAUCCCUGAAUGACCUUGCUGAACAAGCUAGACUCUGCCUUCUCUUCAUUAUGUGAGUAGCCAUUUCUUGUUUGACUCAUUGGCGUUUUCACAUUGAUAUUUCAUUGUUCCGCUUCGAGACACGCGGUUAACCAUACUCACAAGCAAGGAGUUAAGAUAUAAGUUAUUAACUUUUACUACUAUUUUUAUCAUCCAAUCACAGGUCGGAGCCAUUCCUGUAUUUAGUCGCAAGUGUGUAAGUUGACUUUGUCUUAAUUUUGAUAACAUUGUCUUGAGGCAAAUCACUUUGGAAAGCAUAUGAACAUGUAAGGUAUGAGUAGAAUAUAAAAUUUAGCUUAUUUCCCAAGAUGUCAAUAGUGGCUGGGUAUGUAUCUAAAUAUUAGACGUUUCGGUGUGAGGUAUCACGCGGUAUUUUUACGCGUUGCGCCAGCAACACUCGUAAAAUAACUCGGCGUUACUACACACCAAAAGCGCCUAAUAUCGAAUAAGCUAUUAAUUUUCCAACUGCCUUAUUUUAUAUUUCGAGGGCCAUAGUUUCUAGGUUGAAUUUCGUUUGCAGCUGAACUAUUAAUCAAUUUAGGAGGCUUUACUGUACUAAACUACGAUAGGGCGCUAUAGUAAACAGAAUUUGUCUGGGGACAAACUAUGAAUGCCUGUCUGGGUUUAGGUAGAAAGUACAUGUUUCAUCGUCUGUUUAUCAAAAUGUUAUUUCUUAACUUUUCGUUUCGGUAGCUGUGAUCCUGUUUAAAAGCUUGAAAUAGAGCUGGCUUUGUUUUUUAUCUCUUGUUGAUUCAUACAUAUGUACUCAGUGAAACAGAAUUUAUUUUUCCAGUAGAUCAGAGAAGUUCGUUUCCUCUUUUUGUUACCAGAUGGUUUAAUGGUGUUGCUAUUAUUAACGAAUUUAUGGUUAUGCAUGUGGUACUUGCUGAUGAGGGUACCAGGAGCCUUGGUUGUAUUCAGUGGCCCAGGUUCAGGAGUUUUAUUCAUCUAGGCUUUCUUUUUCAAAUCCUAUGGAGUUACUGCUAUCAAUUAUAAGAACUGAAGUAGUUUAUUUUCAUUUUAAAUUUACUUUGGAAUGUCUCAAUUGUUGAAAUGUUUCCAUUACCAUGUAGCAUAUCUUGAACAAAAAGUAUAUCUAUGAAACCAAUGUUUCAGCAGUGAUGCUCCCGGGUAAACUGAAAUUUAAGCAAUUCCAGAAAGGAAGGCAAAAAAAAAUGUACGCCUUGACUCCAUUCAAACCUGUGCCUCUCAGAUACUAUCAAUAGAGCUAUGAAGAGUACACACCAAUAUUUUUUUUAUGAAUACACCACAGAAGGUUUGGAUUGACGAAUAGUUAGCAAAUUUUUGUUUGAGAUGGCUGUCCCUUUGUCACCCUAUAGCAUAUGAGGGAGUUUCCUUACUAAAGAAAUGUAGAUAAAAUAAGUUAUUUGGGCAACAGAUAUUUAAAAAAAAAAACAGAUGAAUAUAUUUUGAUGGAAGUGAGGACUGUUUUCUCAAAUGAAAGACUAAAAACCUUGAAAAUGGAAAACAGGAAAAUUAUACAGUAGGAAAUGUUUAUACUCAUUAACGGGAUUUGAGGUAGGAGUGUAUAUAAAAGAAGGUAAUUUUUCCAUUUUUGUGGCUGUUACCUCACAUAGGAGGCAAAGCCACAUAUGUAAUUGAAAUGAGUCAGUGAGCGAUUAAUGGUAUCAAUAGAGUUUGGAACUUGACCCAAUUUUGACCCAAUGUUUCCUGGUGCUACUGAUUGUUUGUUUUGGAGUAAUACAGAAGAUGAUAAACAUCUCGAAAUGAUCCUAGGAUGGUGCGCGAAAAAAAAGCUUUUCCUCAUAGAGUUAUCUUAAAAGGUGUGAUUGGGGCAUUGUGAAAACAUAGAGGAAUUUUUUUCUUUGAACAGAGGGCAUUUUAACACUUGAAGUAGUGAACUAUACCUAGUAGAUUGGAAAAUAUAGUCUUGUUUAGUCUCUGUCAUGACACUACAAAAGAUGAUAACAUCUGUCAAAAUAAUUUUACACUGGUGUCUCUGGCACAUAAUUGACAACAAGACUUUUCAUCAUUUCAGAAAUAACUAAAUAGGUGAUCUGCAAGUCAUACAAGCUUUGAAGACUAUUAUUUAUUUAUUUGAGGAGGGAGUGUUUUACCAUUUCAAUCAGCAACUUAUGCCCAAAAGAGCUGCCAAAUUGAGAAGGGAGCGAGGUCUGAAAAAUGAUACCUUGAGUUUAACAUGUGACCAGUGGAAGGGUGAGAUGAUGGAAUACCCUACAAUGGGGAAUGCUUUGUUGUAUGAAACAAAAAUGGAAUUGCAGUGAAAUGAGAAAAUAGUUUUUAACUAACUGGGAAAAUUAAAAGAAGCAUAGUUUAAUCAUCAUUGGGGCCUAGAGGAUAGAUUGAUAUAGGAACAGUGAGCUUCUUGAGCUAGCUGACAUGAAUUAUCAUAAUUAUUACUAUUGUUAUCAUCAUCAUCAUCAUCAUCAUCAUCAUUAUUAUUAUUAUCCUUCUUGAUAUUGUUAAUAUUUUAAUUUUUUGCCAUUCAAUUAUUGGUUGAGUGUCCAUUCGUCAAUUUACUCUUGAAUCAUCUUUCUCUUGUGGAACAGGGUACUUGUAAAUAUGUGGGAUGCAGUAGGCUUUCUGCAUGUGAGACAAAUCUUAUGCAACACUACCUUCUAGUUUCAUUAUACAACCUCAAAUUCUUUUUAAUACUAUACAAAUUGUGCUAUAUCAGUUGCUACAUGUGGUGUUAAAUUUUUUUUUGUGAUUUUUCAACAUUGUCUUCCACCCUCUAACCAGACUAUUUCUAUUAAAGUCUAUUGGGAAUCUCUUUUGUAGUGUCCAUUAGAAAUCUCUGUUGUCUACUUUUUGUACUUUUAGUUGCUCCACUUGAUGGUGACAGGUUGAACAAAUUGUUCAUGCAGUUACAACUUUGGAUUAAAGUUAAAAACCAUUGGAACAACAUGUAGAUUGUAUGAACUGGUUGUGUGAUGCUAUGUAAAGGGACUUGUUGGGAAUGUACUUCCCUUUGUAUGUCCUUACUCAUGUGAAGGUUUUUCUUUCAGGGCUUUGGCCAGCAACUGCACUGUCUGUGAAUCCCUUUGUUCGUGGCAAUUGUUCUAAUAAAACUUCCUUUUCUGGAAGAGUAUUACUGUUUGAAACAUUUUACCUAACUAAUCGUCCAAUUUCUUUGUUUAUUCAAACUUAAGACAUUGCUUCUGAAACCCUGUCAAAUAUGCAUGUCUGGUCGAGUAAAUCUCUUUUUUUGUUUGCUUCUUACAUUUUAGAACACUUUUGCUGUUAAGGACUGUUUCUAGUUUAUGCUUCCAUGGCCAAAAGAAAAGCGUCCACUACUGGAGAAAAGCCAUAUCAGUGCAAAACUUGUUACCAGUGUUUUGCAAAAAAAGGAAAUCUACAAAGACAUGAGAGAUCUCACACUAGUGGAAAGCCAUACCAGUGCAAAGCCUCUGACAAGUGCUUUCAUAGACAAGGAGAUCUAGAAGUCCAUGAGAGGUCGCACACUGGAGAGAAGCCAACCCACCGCAAAACUUGUGACAAGUGGUAUAAUAAAAGUGGAAGUCUACAAAUUCAUAAAAGAAUUCACACUGGAGUAAAGCCUUACAAGUGUAAAUCAUGCGACAAAUGGUCAUCUACAAAAGCAUGAAAGAUCACACACUGGAGAGAAGCCAUACCAGUGCAAAACUUGUAACAAGUGGUUUACUCGGAAAGGAAAUCUGCAAGUACAUGAAAGAUCUCACACUGGAGAAAGACCCUUUCAGUGCAAAACUUGUGAUAAGUGGUUUGCGCAAAAAGAAAAUCUAAAAGCACAUACAAGAUGUCACACUGGAGAGAAGCCAUACCAGUGCAAAACUUGUAAUAAGCAGUUUAAUCAAAAAUCAAGUCUAGAAAUUCAUAAAAGAAUCCACACUGGAGUAAAGCCUUACAAGUGUAAAUCAUGUGAUAAGCAGUUUACUAUUAAAGGAAAUCUACAAGUACAUGAAAGAUUCCACACUGGAGAGAGACCAUUCCACUGCAAAACUUGUGGUAGGAGGUUUAAUCAAAAAGGAGGUCUACAAAGACAUGAAAGAACCCACACUGGAGAGAAGCCAUACCAGUGCAAAACGUGUGAUAAGUGGUUUGGUCAGAAAGGUCAUCUACAGAAGCAUGAAAGAUCACACAUUGGAGAGAAGCCAUGCCAGUGCAAAACAUUUGAAAAGUGGUUUACUCAAAAAGGUCAUCUACAAAAGCAUGAAAGAUCACACACUGGAGAGAAGCCAUACCAGUGCAAAACUUGUGACAAGCGGUUUGCUGGGAAACAAAAUCUGCAAAUACAUGAAAGAUCCCACACUAAAGAGAAGCCAUACCAUUGCGAAACCUGUGACCAGUGGUUUGCUCAAAAAAGAGAUCUACAAGUCCAUAAGAGAUCCCACACUGGAGAGAGGCCAUUCCACUGCAAAACUUGUGAUAGGAGGUUUAAUCAAAAAGGAGGUCUACAAAGACAUGAAAGAAUCCACACUGGAGAGAAGCCAUACCACUGCAAAACAUGUGAUAAAUGGUUUACCCAAAAAGAAGCUCUACAAGUCCAUGAGAGAUCCCACACUGGAGAGAAGCCAUACCAUUGCAAAACUUGUGACAAGUGGUUUGCUCAAAAGGGUCAGCUAACAGUACAUGAAAGAUGCCACACUGGAGAGAAGCCAUACCAGUGCAAAACAUGUGACAAAUUGUUUACACAAAAAGAAACUCUAAAAGCACAUAUGAGAUCUCAUACUGGAGAGAAGCCAUACCAGUGCAAAACGUGUAAUAAGCGGUUUUCUCAGAAAGGAAAUCUACAUGUACAUCAAAGAUCCCACACUGGAGAGAAGCCAUACCAUUGCAAAAGCUGUGACAAGUGGUUUAGUCAUAAAACAACUCUGAGAGUACAUGAAAGAUCCCACACUGGAGAGAGGCCAUACCAGUGCAAAGCUUGUGACAAGUGGUUUACUCAGAAGGGAACACUACAAAGGCAUGAAAAAUUGCACUCUGGACAGCAGCCAUAUUCUUCAGAUUAC